AUGGCUACCGAGAAGACACAUUACGAAUACAUCAUAGUUGGCGCUGGUCCAGCCGGCGUCCAGAUGGCCUACUGUAUGGAGAAAGCUAAGAUGGACUACCUAGUCGUGGAGCGGAAUGACGGACCUGGUUCUUUCUUCCGAAAAUUUCCCCGACACCGCAGUCUCAUCUCCAUCAAUAAAAAACACAACUUCUUCCCGGAGCCUGAAUUUAACAUGAGACACGAUUGGAACUCCUUACUCAAUGACGAUGAAAAGAACCCCCUUUUAUUUACGAACUACAGUGACAAGUUGUUCCCAGAUGCUGAUGAUUUAGUCAAAUACUUGGAAGAUUUCUGUAAGAAAUAUCCAAUGAAUAUACGCUAUAACAUCAACAUUGAAAAGGUUCACCGAGACGAGAUGAAAGACGGACAACGUUCCCAAUCAAGGUUUACUAUCACGGACGACGCCUCGGGCGAGACGUUCACUUCACGGGUGUUGCUGGUCGGAACUGGGUCAUGCUUACCGCACACCCCAGAGGUACCCGGUGUGGAGCUUAUAGACACUUACCAAGAUCAUACUUUAGACAUAGAAGAGUACACAAACAAGAAAGUGUGUGUUCUCGGCGGCGGAAACAGUGCAUUCGAGGUGGCCGACCAUCUCGCUGGAUCGGCUGCUAUCAUCCACAUAUUCAAUAAACACGAUAUCAAGUGUUCCUGGAAUACCCACUUCGUUGGUCAUCUCCGUGCUGUCAACAAUAACAUUAUUGACAUGUACCAUCUGAAAUCGCUCCACGCACUGCGUCAAUGUGAUGUCACUCGGGUGUGGAAAACAGAAGAUGGCAAGUUUAGCAUUGAAUACAAGAUGGAUUUACCGAACUGGAACCCACCGGGCACUGGUCAUUUCGUCACUAGUGGUUACGAUAAGAUUAUAUCCUGUACUGGAUGGAAGUUUCUUAAUAUUGACAUGUUCGACGAUUCGUGCAAACCGGAAACACACGCGGACGGAAAAUAUCCUGUGCUCGACGAGCAUUGGCAGACUACGGUCAACGACAUGUAUUUCAUUGGCACACCCAUGCAGUCACGUGAUCAAAAGUCCGCGUCUGGCUUCAUCCAUGGUUUCCGUUACAACGUACGAACUCUAUCUAGAUUAUUACGACACGCGUAUGGUAAUAUCGAGCUCCCUAAGAAAGUCUUCAGUCCUAUCGACCAAGAAGAAAUCUGCAAGUGGAUUGUUGAUCAUGUCAGUGUGGUAUCUUCACUUUAUCAAAUGAUACAGGGUUUUCUUUGUGACGUAAUGGUGAUCAAUCCGGAUAAAGUCGAAUAUAUAAAUGAGCUCCCACAAGCCUGGACUGGUAUUGGCAAAGGUGGUUACGUCGAAGAACUCUUCAGUGAUGAGAUGAUGUCUAAAGUGUACUAUCCAUGGACCAAGGAAGAAAUCAAAGCCAAGAUAGAAAUCGAACGUGCUUUAAUGAACAAGACAUACGAGUGUACCGGUCCAGUCUGA